CUCCUCGAGAUCUUUAUUUGGCUGAUGAAGUUGAUAAAUGCAAUUGCCAGUCAAGAAGUGAAUUAUGCCCUCGUGGACUUCCCGGCGCACCCGGGGCAAGAGGAGAACAGGGAGGUUUGAGGAACCUUCAUUUCUAACUUCAUAUAAUUUAAUAGAGCCUGGAGAAGCAGGCGUGCCCGGAUUACCAGGAGCUGCUGGUGUUAAUUCACUUUUGGAUGGAAGGGAGGCUGGUUGUAUUCGCUGCCCGACUGGUCCGCCGGGCCCAGUCGGCCCGCCAGGUCCUGCUGGAAAGGCCGGCGUCCCUGGACAGCCAGGCGUUGAUGGACAUCCUGGAAGAGACGGCCAUCCUGGUAUUCAAGGACCUCAUGGUGAUUUAGGCCCUAUUGGGGAGAGAGGAAAGGAAGGUGAGCCGGGACAGCCCGGCAGAGACGGAUUUACUUCAAAGGGAGAGCCAGGCCCGAAAGGAGAAAUUGGGAAAGCUGGUCUGCCCGGAAGACCAGGAGAAAAAGGGCAAAAUGGUCUUCCUGGUUUGGCAGGACCACCCGGGCCUGCUGGCAAUGCUGGGUUACCUGGAACACCUGGAGUGCCCGGAUUGCCUGGAGAGAGAGGGGCAAAUGGAAUACAUGGAGAAGAUGCAAAGUAUUGUUCUUGUCCGACAACCGGAUAAAUAGAAAUAAACAAAUUUUUGUACU